CAAUCGACAUGCUUGGAGCUGCUCUUUCUGCAUUAAGUUUAGCUUUUUGCCCGCCUCCAUUUGAUGCUUUUGCUGCAACAUGUUAUCUUACUAUAUUCACGUUGGAUUUGAUCAUUAUAAUAUUAUACUAUUUACUUGAUUUGAUGCAUAAAAAAAAUUCUAAUAGCCAUAAUAACAGAGAAGGUAAUAACUCUAGUAAUGAUGAAAUUACAGAGAUAAUAAUUGACGAUAAACUCAAUAAAAAUUGA